GGAGUCUUCAGCUCACUUUGCAAGCCGAGGAUUCUUACUGUGGCAUGGCUAUUUCUCGCCGUGAUUGUUUCUCCUUUUGAAGAUUGUCAUAAUUCCGAAGACGUGUGGCGUUUGUCUUGUCUUCAGCUCACUUUGCAAGCCGAGGAUUCUUAGUGUGACUACUUCAAUUCUUGCUGUGAUCGUUGCUCCUUUUGAAGAUUGAUAAGGAAGGAAAGACUGUGAAAGUUUAGGAGGGGGAAUUUCACGGACAAGUCCAAGAUUAAGAAGGACUGUAACUGUUUUGAUUUUAUCACUUUGGGAGCCGAGGAUUCUUACUGUGGCUACUUCUUGCCGUGAUUGUUGCUCCUUUUGAGGAUCUUAAGAAAGGAAGGACUGUGAAAGUUUCUGAGUAAGGAUUUCACGGACAAGUCCAAGAUUAAGAAAGACUGUAACUGUUGUGAUUUUAUCCAUCGAUGGAGGACUAUACUUACCUUCAGGCCUUGCUAGCAGGCGACCUGUCACGGUUACCAAGGUUACGCACCCUUGAGACCAAGAUGGGGCGCACCCUGAACCUGUCCCACCUGUCGGACGAGGAGGCUGCCCAGGUGCUGAAGGUUGUUCAGAGGGACUUCGAGCUACGCAGGAGGGAGAAGGAAAGACUCAGGAAAGUAGCAGAGAACAUAAAAGAAGACCAGGGGAAGGGCGUGGUGCUGGCUAAGCCUCAGGGUGGCGGCAACAACGACAACGCCUGUGUACGCUGCAACAAGACCUUCUUCUUUCUGCUUAACAGGAAGAUCCGAUGUGCAGACUGUAACAACUAUGUGUGUAAGGACUGCUCAGCUCUGGACAGUAAGGACAACGUGUGGGUCUGCAGCUUCUGCCAGAGAGUCAGAGAGCUGAAGACCCAGUCUGCGGAGUGGUUCUACUCCAACAUCAAGCAGAGAUUCAAAAGGUUCGGCAGUGCAAAGGUCGUCAGGUCACUCUACAAGCGCAAGGGGGAGAGAUCUGGAACGUCAGACAGUGACCAUGACUCCACGUACACGGCUCCCGGCAGAAUCGGCCCGCGACCCCGACCGACCUCCCCAACCUCGGACGCCGGCUGCCAGACGGACCCGGAGUUCGCUUUCUCCGACACGGAAGUGCAGACCGACGGGCUCGACAAGUUUGCAUACAACAGAAGAGACCCGACCUCAGUGGAGAACUUCAAGAGCCAGAUUGAGACCAUCGUCACGGCGAUGGCACAGCCCAUUGUGUCAGCGGCAGUGCUGAUAGUAGCCAGGUGUGCCCUGAGGGUACCUGUGUUACCUGCCAGUUACCUGUCCUGUAGAACAACAGGUGUGCUCACCUGGAACGGUUCCCAGGACCUCACCUGUGCUGCGUCAGACAGUGACCAUGACUCCACGUACACGGCUCCCGGCAGAAUCGGCCCGCGACCCCGACCGACCUCCCCAACCUCGGACGCCGGCUGCCAGACGGACCCGGAGUUCGCUUUCUCCGACACAGAAGUGCAGACCGACGGGCUGGACAAGAAGAGACCCGACCUCAGUGGAGAACUUCAAGAGCCAGAUUGA